CCUAAACAGUUGAAUCCUUGUGUUGGCGCUAAACUUCUACAUGUUAUGUCUGUUAUGUCCUGCUUUAAAUUCCCUCUCUCUCUUUGCCGGAUCUUGGAUAAGCAUGUGGCACGGUUUUGGUGGGGCUGGAGAACGGACAGGGUAAAAUGCACUCGAUGUCUUGGCGGAACAUAUUCCGCAGUAAACAUGAGGGAGGGAUGGGGUUUCGCCAUUUUGAGCACUUUAAUCAGGCAUUGUUCGCUAAGAUUGGGUGACGUAUUUUAAAUGAUCCUGAUUCGCUACUCGCACAGGUUUAUAAAGGGAUGUACUUUCCGAGGGGAAGUUUUCUUGAGGCGAAGGCGCUUUCUCGUCCCUCUUGGGGGUGGCAAAGUAUCCUAUUUGGGUGCCAAUUGUUGAAUCAGGGGCUCCGGUGGCAAAUUGGUAAUGGCCAGACGACCCCGUUACUUGAGAAUAGUUGGGUUCCGUGCCUGCACCCACUGGUUCCUACGUUUAACCCCUGUGUCUUGGCCCGCUGAUGGGGAAUUAAGGGUUGAGACUGUUAUAAACACGGAGGAUGGCUGCUGGUGUGACACUAGACUGGCCCAAUGGUUUGAUCCUCUUACCUGUCGUGCCAAUAAGGAAAUUCCUUUACCUCCUGAUAAAAUUGAGGAUCGUUUAAUUUGGCAUGGUACAUCGGAUGGGUCAUUCACAGUGAAAACAACUUAUCAUUUGGCUGUCCAGUUGGACAAGAAGGAUGGUCGGUGGCGCUCUUUAGCCAGUUGGAUGGACAGGUCUAGCUGGAUCUGAGUCUGGGCAGCUCCCAUUCCUCCAAAACUAAGGGUCUUCCUAUGGCAAAUCUUCAACCGACUACUUUCUACUACGAAAGCUCUGAGGGAAAGGAAGGUCCAGGUCCAUCCCCGGUGCCUAGUUUGCUAGGCUGAGUCCGAGACCUUGGAGCAUUUAUUUCUGGAAUGCCCAGUGGCGAGAGCUCUAUGGGAUUACGCGGGGUUGGAUUACUUGGGUCAGAGGUUGCCUCGUCACAUUUUUCCUUUGUUCCUAAAGAGGUUGAUGAAUAUCAUCCAACAAGACCAUUUGGUUAUGACGGUUACCGCGGUCCUUUGGAGAAUCUGGUGGUCCCGAAAUUAGGUCGUCUUUGAAGGUAAACAGUUUGGCAUUCCACCUUUAAUGCAGCAAUAUCAUCUGCAGUACCAUGAAUGGAUUAGCUUGCCAGUUGAUAGAUCUCGGGGCCCUCCUAUUCCGAUUCCCCCGGUGGUUGACCAUCCCGACAACCCUAUCACUUGUAUGUGGGAUGGGGCGACUCGGUCUGCUUCCCACUCAGCCGACAAUAUGGUGGUCAAAAGUCAGACUGGGGGAAAUCUCAUGGCCAGAGGACUUCAAUUCAGGGGCAUCUACGACCCUUUGGAUGCUGAAGCUCUGGCCCUCCGGGAAGCGAUACUCUGGUGUUGGGAUUCCAGUUUUGCGGUGGUGCGCUUUGAAGGGGAUGCUAAGGUGCUUAUUCACAAGAUCAACAGUCGGAUGCUAGGGCUAGCCGAGUGGGGGCGCUGAUGGAGGAAAUUAUUGGUGUUAUGAGGUCGUUGCAAGGUUUUUCGGUCCGGUUUGUAGGCCGGCGUAGGAAUAGGGUAGCCCACUUGGUGGCUAAAAAGGCCCUUCAUUUGUAGCCGACUGCGAGUCUUUUUUAUUUUAUUUUCUGGCCUUGUUAAAUUCUAGGGUGUAACUAUCUAUGUUUCUUAUCAAGAUAUCGAUUAUCUUUUGUAAAAAAAAAGGCUUAGUCAAGUGCAAGGAAGUGGAAGAACGUUUCCUUUUGGGCUAGAAGUGUCGGAGAAAACAUUGCUUAAUUGUGAUUAAUAAUGCCUAAGCGGCAGGGAUUGUGACUAAGCAGUCACCUAGGCCCACUCAAUUAUGGCUAGGCAUUUUCCAUUUCAAUUCUUCCGUUUUCCAUCUCUUCGCCCUCACAAACUGCUAAGUGCUAGCUGUGUGCAAUUGGAAUCAAUCGGUAUGUUGUGU